AUGACGCCGCUGCAGGGCCGCGACGGCCAGCUGUCGUCGUCGUCGCUGCUGGCCGGAUUGAAGGCCUCGUCUUCCCCGUUGGCCGGAAACACCCCCGGUAACGAGGCCCGCCGCCCGUCCGACAAGGGCUCGGCGGCUAUCGAGGCCUCGAUGAUCGAGAUGGGUGGCCACGGCGCUCAUCAGCGAGACCAGGCCCGAGGCGACUCGUUUGUCGGGUUACACGCCUCGGGGCAGCUUGUUAGCCUCUACUCGAACCCGUGGACUCAGAUAUUGCUCAUCAGCUUCAUCUGCUUCUGUCUCCCCGGGAUGUACAAUGCCCUGACCGGCCUCGGAGGCUCGGGCCAGGUCGACUCGACCGUCGCCGCCAACGCAACCGUGGCCAUGCUGUCAACAACGGCCGCCACAGCCCUGUUCAUCGUCGGCCCCGUCUUCGCCUGGGCCGGCCCGCGCCUCUGCUUCAUGGCGGGCGCGUGGGCGUACCCCCUCUACAGCGGCAGCCUGCUCGAGUUCAACCGCUCGGACAACGGCGCCUUCGUCAUCGCCUCAGGCGCCAUCCUCGGCGUCGGCGCCUCCCUGCUGUGGAUCGUCCAGGGCGCCAUCAUGACCACGUACGUUGACGAGUCGCAAAAGGGCCGCGCCAUUGCCGUCUUCUGGGUCAUCUUCAACCUCGGCGGCGGCAUCGGCUCCCUCGCAUCUUUUGGCCUCAACUACCGCUCCACCGCCGGCUCUGUCACCAGCUCCACCUACGUCGCCCUCAUGGCCAUUAUGAUCUUUGGCUGGCUCCUGGGCCUCUUCAUCUGCUCCCCCUCGCGCGUCCAGGUUGCCCGCCGGCGCCCCGGGCCCAACGUCGAGAUGGUCGAGGGCCGCCGCGGCCCCUCGGCCGGCGCCGACUCGACGUCCUCUCGCCCCCUCGCCGACGCGGUCCGCGACAGCUUCAAGACGGCCGUCGCCACCGUUUGCACGUGGCGCGUCGCCUGCAUGCUACCUCUCUUCUUCUCCGCAAACGUCUUCUACAGCUACCAGCAAAACAAUGUCAACGGCGACACCUUCAACAUCCGCACCCGCUCCCUCAACGGCGCGCUCUACUGGAUGGCCCAGAUGUUCGGCGGCCUGCUCAUGGGCCUCCUGCUCGACCUUCCGUGCCUGGACCGCCCGGCCCGCGCCCGCCUUGGCUGGGCUGUCGUCUUCGUCACCGGCAUGGUCAUCUGGGGCGGCGGCUACGAGUUCCAGAAGUGGCAGGACGAGCGGCUCGCCCGAGGCCUGCGCCAAGACGUUGACUUUAAGCAGAGCGCCAUCUCGACGGGGCCCAUUUUCCUCUACAUCUUCUACGGCGCCUACGACGCCCUCUGGCAGAGCUACGCCUACUGGCUCAUCGGCACCGAGUCCAAUAGCCCUGCCCGCGCCGCCGUGCUCGUCGGUGCCUACAAGAGUCUCCAGGCCGCCGGCGGCGCCAUGGCCUGGCGCAUCAAUGCCAUCAAGGCGAGCCCCACGAAGCAGCUCGCCAUGGACUGGGGGCUUUGUAUCGGCUCCCUCAUCGUCGUCCUGCCCAUGGUCUGGACCGUCUCCAAGAGCACACCGGCCGGGGCGGAGGAGACGGAGAAAGGGGGCGGGCCGGAGCCGCAAGAGGCGGACAUGGGGGCUUUGCAAUCCACCAGGGGAAAGCCCGACGUACAAGGAAAUACAAAUGAAUAA